AUGUACAUUACAACAUCCAACUUCCGGGAAAACGAUAAACUUGUGGCCUGUCCAUGUGAAGCAUAGCAGCAGUCUGAAGUCGCGUUUGAAGGAAUACAACACCGAAAGCAUGGCCGAGAACGACGUUGAGACUGAGCUGUUGGACUACGAAGACGACGAGGAGCCGCAAACCGCCCCGGAGAGCGUGACCCCCGCGGGCAAGAAGGAAGUCAAGGGCUCAUACGUCUCCAUCCACAGCUCCGGCUUUCGCGACUUCCUGCUCAAACCAGAACUGCUCCGAGCCAUCGUCGACUGUGGGUUCGAACAUCCCUCAGAAGUCCAGCAUGAAUGCAUCCCUCAGGCCAUUCUGGGCAUGGACAUCCUGUGCCAGGCCAAGUCGGGUAUGGGCAAAACGGCCGUGUUCGUGCUCGCCACCCUGCAACAGAUCGAGCCCGUUGACGGACAGGUGGCCGUGCUGGUGAUGUGCCACACGCGCGAGCUGGCGUUCCAGAUCAGCAAGGAGUACGAGCGCUUCUCCAAGUACAUGCCCACGGUCAAGUGCGCCGUGUUCUUCGGCGGCAUGUCCAUCAAGAAGGACGAGGAGGUGCUGCGCAAGAACUGCCCGCACAUCGUGGUGGGCACGCCCGGCCGCAUCCUGGCACUGGCGCGCAACAAGACGCUCAACCUCAAGACCGUCAAGCACUUCGUGCUGGACGAGUGCGACAAGAUGCUGGAGCAGCUGGACAUGCGGCGCGACGUGCAGGACAUCUUCCGGCUGACGCCCCACGAGAAGCAGUGCAUGAUGUUCAGCGCCACGCUCAGCAAGGAGAUCCGGCCCGUCUGCCGCAAGUUCAUGCAGGACCCCAUGGAGGUGUUUGUGGACGACGAGACGAAGCUGACUCUGCACGGCCUGCAGCAGUACUACAGCAAGCUCAAGGACAGCGAGAAGAACCGCAAGCUCUUCGACCUGCUCGACGUGCUGGAGUUCAACCAGGUGGUGAUCUUUGUGAAGUCGGUGCCGCGCUGUGUGGCGCUGUCCCAGCUGCUGGUGGAGCAGAACUUCCCCGCCAUCGCCAUCCACAGGGGCAUGGAGCAGGAAGAGAGGUUGUCACGGUAUCAACAGUUCAAAGACUUCCAGAGGCGGAUCCUGGUGGCCACCAACCUCUUCGGCAGAGGGAUGGACAUCGAGCGCGUCAACAUCGUCUUCAACUACGACAUGCCUGAGGACUCCGACACCUACCUGCACAGGGUGGCGCGUGCGGGUCGUUUCGGCACAAAGGGUCUGGCGGUCACGUUUGUGUCGGACGAGACAGACGCCAAAAUUCUGAACGACGUGCAGGACCGGUUCGAGGUGAACGUGGCCGAGCUGCCGGAGGAAAUUGACAUCUCCACCUACAUCGAGCAGUCCAGAUGAGGUGUCCAAACCACCCCACCACCCCACCCUGGUGGACCCCGCAGACUUCCGUUGCCCCCUCCGCCCCACCCUACCUCACCUGUUUUUUUUUAAUUUUUUUUAAUAUAAUUUCCCGUGUGUGUGUGUGUGUGUGUGUGUUUGUGUGUGUGUGUGCGUGUGUUUGGUGUCGGAGUUCAUCUCUCUCCCUCUACCCACUCCCUCCCUUUCUCCCUCUCUCCCUCCGUCCUCCUCUUCUUAAUGUCCUGUCCCUCACCAUGUGUCUGUAAAUGAAUUCACUUUUUUGUGAAUUAAUUUUAUUGUACCAAUGGAAAAAGAGUCCGGUGUUUUAGUUUGGUGUUCUCGUAACGAUCAUGGUUGUUCAUUGGUUUUAAAAGGAAAGGAUUUUUUUAUACAAUGUCAGCUGAAUAUUGUUUUUUUUUUUAUUAUUAAACCUAAUGGUAUUCUAAACAC